UGUACAUAUCAUGUUUAACAUGACUCGCAUUGUUGUUGUUGUCGUUAAAUGUUAAAAUUGUCGUUGGCAUUCUCGUUGUACACAAACAUGAAAACUACUACAAUAACAACUACCAUCAAACACAACACACCAAGCUCUCAACUGUAUCACGCAGCGUGGAUGCAACCAACAACAAGUCACAAUACUACAUAUAACCAUUAACACCCUUGAACGCCCUUGAACGCCCCUGAUCCAGGAAAUGUUAAACUAGACGCAUAUUUACUAUCGCUCAUCUAAUGUAUAUGUGUGUAGGUUAGGGCACAUCGCAUGUCUAACUGUCACUCAAUUUUGUGUUUCCAUUCGGUGAAUUGGCUAACCGAGGUUGCAAACACAUACACCUAAACACUUGCCACAAAUACACCCACACAUUCGUGUUAAAUACAUAUGUGUAUGCCAGCAAGUCAAUGUUUUAUUCUGCUAAAUUCCUUUCAUUACAUUGUUAUGGGAAAAUCAACUACAACAACAGCAACAACAAACAAACCCAACUUAACUAUUCGGCAACAUUUUCAAUUUCCGCUUGCAACAAUGUUUCCAUUUCUGAUUGCAUUGCCGCAUUGCCUCUGUCAUUCGCAUCAGCAAUGUCAUCAUCACACUCGUCAUCACCAUCACCAUCAUCACCAACGCUAUCAAUGUCACAAUGUUUGCCAAGCAUUAUCGCCGUUCAUCUUCGUGUAUUUAUUCAAAAUUUGAAUGGUUCUCAAUAGCAAACUCAAGUACAUACACUCAGUCUUUUCAAUACUUUUUACUAAGUGUGAUUUUUCAGUUAAUAUUUUUUUUUAAUUUGAUUGCUAUCAGAGAUUGUUAGGAUUUAAAUUAAUAUGAAAAUUCAUAUAGAACAAAUAAUAGUUUAUUCAAGCUAUAAUAUUUUUUAUGUUCUAGUAUUACUAAAGAAAAAACUCUUAUAUUAAUAUUUUUAGUAUGUAUCUAUACUUAAAUCGGGGUCAAGAGUAUAUAAAGCUGGGUUCCACAGAAAUUUCGUACUCUCUCCUACAGUUUUUCCUUAAUCAUUUCGCAAUAAUGAGACGCUGAUAUAGCAAAUAGAUUUUUUGACAGAGCGUGAUGUCAUGAAGUUGGAUGCAGAAGGCAUAAAAGAGUCAAAUUUCAAAUAUACAAUAUAAAUACAAAUACAAUCUUUUAAGUGAUCUGUAACAUCUUACGUUUCUUCUUCAUUGAGCCUUAUAGAGAAGAACAAUUUAAACUGAUGAGAAACCUUAAAAGUUUGACAGAUUUGACAUUACAAAUGUCACCCCUGAUGCUUUAAUCUUAAGCCGACAGUAAGGUUUAGUACGAUCUGGGGUAAUAGCAGAGUUAUGACUUGAAGCACAAUAUCAACAAGUCAUAUAAAAAGAAAGUAUAGACUACGAUAUAACAGAUAGAGAUAAGUAUACAGAUAGAGAGAAGGAUACAGUCAUCGGUGAAGCCAGUUUUAUAAGAAUUUGAUAGGGUUUUAGUAAACCUACCUUUGGAUUUAAUCAUUUAGAUGACGAAGAAUGCUUAAAAUAUGAAGAAGAAUCAUUUUUAGUUCGAUAGAAACAUAUUGAUUUGACGUUUGUCUACUGAAAUGAUGUUAGAUCCAACAUAUAACCUCUGUUGAUUUUGUUCAGUUCGUAAUGUUGUGAAUAUCAAUGUGAAUCAUGUCAUACUGAUCUGAGAUCGUAUAUGAAGUGUCAAAAACUUUAUCAAAUACAUGUUUUGUUGCCUGAGCUCUAAGCUGAAAUAACCUCAAAAUGAUACUAGAAGUUGAAGUAGUUGUUUAAAGUUCAGAGGAAGCAGACAUAAUUUCUAUAGAUGCAAUUUGGAGACUUGAGAGGUCAGAAAGAGGAAGAUAUUCAAAGAUUUGUAUCAUUUAUUGGUAAAACUGUGGAAUACGUUCUUAGUUCUAUGGAAGAACAAAAACUUUUAAAACGAAAAUCAUAGCUGUUUUUUUCCGAAAAUUUUUCAGGAAAAAGUCUUAUUGUAAGUCCAUCGCCAAGUCAUAAAAAUAUAUAUGGAACUGCGCUUGUUAUUAUUUUAGACAAAAUCUAUUGUUAAAACAGUCUCUGAUAGCCCGAAUAUAAUUUACUUAUUUUCUCUAAAUCUAAAUGUACUAUGAAUGUUUACUUCUCUCACACACUGUAUUCUUUUCAUAAAAAUGUUUAACCUUCGAUUCAAUUCAAUUUUGCUCAUGAAAUGCUAAAAUAAACUCACACAACAAAUUUCAAAAAACUAUGUAUAUGUUUGUACAACAACAAUAACAAUAAUAAAAAAACAACAGGAGCAGCGACAACAAGCACAGUAACGUCAGUCGAAGAAGAACGACGGGAAAUAAAUGUGUCCACAACUCGCACAACAACAGAAACUGAGGCAACAGUGUCUACAAAGUAUUCAUGGUCACGUUACUUGAACAUGUCCACGCAGACACCACCCACCCGACGUCAUCAGCGACCAAGCAUGCAAGUGGAUAGCGCUGAAGAUGGCGAUGAUGAUGACGACGACGACGAUGAUGAUGACGAGGAUAUCGACGUGGACGACGAGAGUGACGGCAAAGAUAAUGAAAAUGACAAUUUAAUUGAGUCCGAUGAGGAGGGCGAGGCUGCUGCGGCACAUUACGGUGGCGCUGGUGCGGCUAGUUAUAAGCCACACGCCUCCACAUCAGAUGCGGCCAAAGCUCGUGAUCGGCACGCUGAUCGGGCAGCCAAGUUUUCAUCGAUUUGAGAAUUUCUGCUUAACCGAUUAGAACUUUAUUGUGAGACAUUCACGCGCAGUGAAGGAAAGCAAGCGAUGAAUGCAUAGCUGCAUUUUUUUGUAGGUUUAGAAAUAUUAGAUGUAUACAUUCCUUUCAAUGUACAGGCGAGAUUUGUAGCUUUAGCGUUAGCGUAUUCAAUAAAUUCAAUUCAUGUACAUUCCAGUUAGCUGCCAAAUAAGUUUUUGUAUGUAUUAGUGUAAAGUACCACAAAAUCCAAUCACGCACAUAACUACACGCAUUCAUAUUUAGUAACGAAAAUGCUUGAAAGAUAUUGUUAGUUUUGAAGAUUAUUCUUUAAUUAGAUCUUACUCCAUUUGGGGACAGUUUGGAUUCACGGUAAUUGCGAACGAAAUAUGGAAUACUUUAUUCCACUAAAAACUAAAGACCUCUCAAUCCAGAAAGCUUAUUGAGUAGAUCUACGGAGGAUCUAUUUUUAUUCGGAUCAUUAUUUCCGAACAGUUAUGUCUUGGAUAAUAAACUUAAAUUAAUUUCUUUAAUAUUGUUUGCUUUUACUUGAAGCAUUGAAUAAUGCAAUUUUCAAUAUCUUCCCUUAAUGAUACCUAUUGAGUUCAAUCAAUUGAAUAAAGCACAUCAUUAGGUUAAUUGGACUCAAAUAAGUGUCAAGGUUGACUGAUUGGUUUCAUAUUUUCUUCGCCUAAACAAUUAUCUCGCUGUGAGUAUUGCUCUAUAAACUAUCGACAUCUCUUCCAUUGGUUUGUAACAGCUUUUCAGAUUCAUUAUUGAUGCGUAGUAUUUACUACAAUUUAUGUUCGAAACCUCAUUCACUUCUAAUUGGACAAUUAACGCCUAAUUACGAUACAAUAAAUAAGACACGAUGUGAGGUUAUUAUCCACUAUUUUGACACUGAUACUUGAUUGAGUCG